AUGGCCCACCGGGGAGAGAGCUUCGCGCAGGAUGUUUCCUGUAUUGCAGACCUGAAGAAGCUGGGGAGCAGCAGGCUUCCUGCUAUGGUGCGAGAUUAUUACAAUGAGGGCGCCAUGGAUCUCAUCACACUGCGCGAUAACGAAGCAGCAUACGACCGCUAUAAAAUCCUCCCCCGAGUCCUGGUCAACGUCGCCAGCGUAGACACCAGCACCGAAAUUCUAGGAACCAAGGUCUCCCUCCCCUUUGGAUUCAGCCCGGCGGCGUCGCAGAAACUGGCCCAUCCCGACGGUGAAGUCGCAACCUCCCGCGCAGCAGCCAAGUUCGGUAUCUGCAUGGGCUUGUCGUCCUACUCGAACUAUUCCCUAGAGGACGUCGGCACACAAGGGCUAGGCAAUCCAUACGUGAUCCAGAUGUGCGUUUUACGGGAUCGAUCGAUAACACUGCAGCUGUUGAAACGGGCGGAGAAAUCCGGAUACAAGGCACUCUUUCUAUCGGUGGACGUGCCAGUGCUGGGCAUGCGCCUGAACGAAGUGCGAAACAACUUUUUCCUGCCAGAGGACAUGGAGUGGCCGAACAUCCUCAGCAACGGGAGCGAUAACACCGACAAGACCAACUAUGAUCCAAGUCUCGACUGGGAACAGACAAUCCCCUGGCUCCGCGAGAACACAUCAAUGCAGAUCUGGCUGAAAGGGGUAUGCUCCCCAGCCGACGUCGAACUCGCAAUCCACUACGGCGUCGACGGUAUCAUCGUCUCCAACCACGGCGGCCGGCAGCUGGACGGUGUCCCAGCCACACUGGACUCGCUGAGACUGUGCGCAGAUGUCGCCCGUGGCCGUAUCCCCCUGGCAGUCGAUGGCGGAAUCCGUCGCGGCUCCGAUAUCUUCAAGGCGCUUGCUCUCGGUGCUAGUUACUGCUUCAUGGGUCGGAUUCCUAUUUGGGGUCUUGCAUACGCCGGACAGGAGGGUGUAGAGUUGGCAAUUAAGAUCCUGCGUCAGGAGUUGCUGGUUACGAUGGCGCUGGCUGGAUGUCAAACGGUAGCUGAUAUCAACGAGAACCAUCUGUCGGUGCUGCAGCCGGAUGGGAGGCUUUCGAAACUGUAG